AUGGUCCUUGUCCAAUUCUUCACAGGUGGGGCUGCUGGUCACAGGUGGGGCUGCUGGUCACAGGUGGGGCUGCUGGUCACAGGUGGGGCUGCUGGUCACAGGUGGGGCUGCUGGUCACAGGUGGGGCUGCUGGUCACGGGUGGGGCUGCUGGUCACAGGUGGGGCUGCUGGUCACGGGUGGGGCUGCUCGUCACAGGUGGGGCUGCUGGUCACGGGUGGGGCUGCUGGUCACGGGUGGGGCUGCUGGUCACAGGUGGGGCUGCUGGUCACGGGUGGGGCUGCUGGUCACAGGUGGGGCUGCUGGUCACAGGUGGGGCUGCUGGUCACAGGUGGGGCUGCUGGUCACAGGUGGGGCUGCUGGUCACGGGUGGGGCUGCUGAUCACAGGUGGGGCUGCUGGUCACAGGUGGGGCUGCUGGUCACGGGUGGGGCUGCUGGUCAUAGGUGGGGCUGCUGGUCGCAGGUGGGGCUGCUGGUCACAGGUGGGGCUGCUGGUCACAGGUGGGGCUGCUGGUCACAGGUGCCUGGUGCUGGCGGCUGGCGCUGGUGCUGGUGCCUGGUGCUGGCGGCUGGCGCUGGCGCUGGUGCCUGGUGCUGGCGGCUGGCGCUAGUGCCUGGUGCUGGCGGCUGGCGCUGGUGCCUGGUGCUGGUGGCUGGCGCUGGUGCUGGUUCCUGGUGCUGGCGGCUGGCGCUGGUGCCUGGUGCUGGCGGCUGGCGCUGGUGCUGGUGCCUGGUGCUGGCGCUGGUGCCUGGUGCUGGCGGCUGGCGCUGGUGCUGGUGCCUGGUGCUGGCAGCUGGCGUUGGUGCUGGUGCCUGGUGCUGGCGGCUGGCGCUGUUGCUGGUGCCUGGUGCUGGCGGCUGGCGCUGGCGCUGGUGCCUGGUACUGGCAGCUCGCGCUGGUGCUAGUGCUUGGUGCUGGCGGCUGGCGCUGGUGCCUGGUGCUGGCGGCUGGCACUGGUGCUGGUGCCUGACGGCUCGCGCUGGUCCUGGUGGCUGGUGCUGGCGUAACGGCGCAAGUGCCGGUGCUGGUGCUGGUGACUGGAUUCGGUGCUGGUGCUGGUUCCUGGUGCUGGUGGCUGGCGCUGGUGCUGGUGCCUGGUGCUGGCGGCUGGCGCUGGUGCUGGUGCCUGGUGCUGGCGGCUGGCGCUGGUGCUGGUGCCUGGUGCUGGCGGCUGGCGCUAGUGCUGGUGCCUGGUGCUGGCGGCUGGCGCUGGUGCUGGUGCCUGGUGCUGGCGCCUGGCGCUGGUGCUGGUGCCUGGUGCCGGCGGCUGGCGCUGGCGCUGGCGCUGGUGCUUGGUGCUGGCGGCUGGCGCUGGUGUUGGUGCCUGGUGCUGGCGGCUGGCGCCGGUGCUGGUUCCUGGUGCUAGUGCUGGUGUUCCGCCGCCACUCCCUUCCCCCUUUUCCUCUCUCCCCCACAGCAUUCCGCCGCCACUCCCUUCCCCCUUUCCCUCUCCCCCCACAGCGUUCCACCGCCAAUCCCUUCCCCUCCUCCCUCUCCCACCCACAGCGACCGCCGCUGCACACGCGAACAGUCGCGACGGGGGGGGGGUGA